GUAUGUGGUGGUGGGCGAUCCUAUUGUAUUUGGAACUCAAAAGCUUGAACGCGCAAAUUCCAACAGCACAGUGUUUUUUCAAGGUCCCCUAAAAGCAGAGAGAAGAAGAGAGGACGUACUUUAAUGCAGAUCUAAAAUUUCCGUGGGACAGCUCUGAGAUUCACCAACACCAUUAAUAUCCCACUAAUUUUGCAGAUUUACACCUGUAUUCUUAUCCCCAAGACUAGUCUCAGUGUGCGCGCGUCCCGUGUGGAACCACAUGAUUGUUUAGAAUAGUUUGAGAGCAUGUGAAAACAGCGUACCAGAACAUUUUCUAGACUACUAGGUCCGGGACAUCUCUUGCGGUAGCGUGUUGGUGCUUGAGACGGAGAAGCACCUGCUCUAGCCUGCGGGAAGGAGAUUAUGUGGAGGCGCUUUCUGACCUCUACUGCAUCUUGCCGGUUCUUGUGCAUUUCGCUGCUGAGAGGAUAGCCGUGUCCCGAGGAGGAUGCCGAACAGGCUGAAGACGCAGUCCUGAAGAUUGAUGGAGGGCCAUGCUAUUCAAACAGCAGGCGUUGCUGAGACAGAAGCUCUUCGUGUUGGGCAGCCUUGCUAUCGGGAGUCUCCUCUAUCUAGUGGCCAGGGUUGGGAGCUUGGAUAGGCUGCAGCCUAUUUGCCCCAUAGAGAGCAGACUGGGCCCUCCUCACCUGCCGGAGCAGAUCCCUCUCCGGACCCUGCAGUAUAAACGUGGCCUGCUCCACGAGAUCCGCAAGGGCAAUGCCACCAAAGAGCAGAUCCGCCUGCACAACCUGGUGCAGCAGCUGCCCCGGGCCAUCAUCAUCGGGGUGCGCAAGGGGGGCACGCGCGCCCUGCUGGAGAUGCUCAACCUGCACCCGGCUGUGGUCAAGGCCUCGCAGGAGAUCCACUUCUUUGACAACGAACAAAACUACGCCCGGGGCAUCGACUGGUACCGGGAGAAGAUGCCCUUCUCCUUCCCCAACCAGAUCACCAUUGAGAAGAGCCCCGCCUACUUCAUCACAGAGGAGGUCCCGGAACGCAUCUUCAAGAUGAACUCCUCCAUCAAGCUGUUGAUUAUUGUGCGUGAGCCCACCACCAGAGCUGUGUCUGACUACACACAGGUGCUGGAGGGCAAGGAGCGUAAGAACAAGACCUACCACAAGUUUGAGAAGCUGGCCAUCGACGGCAACACGUGUGAGGUGAACAUAAAGUAUAAGGCGGUACGGACCAGCAUUUACACCAAGCACUUGGAGCGCUGGCUGAAGUACUUCCCUGUGGAACAAUUUCACAUUGUAGACGGCGACCGUCUGAUCACAGACCCUCUGCCUGAGCUGCAGCUCGUUGAGCGCUUCCUCAACCUCCCCUCCAGAAUCAGCCAGUAUAACCUGUACUUCAAUGCCACCAGGGGAUUCUACUGCCUGCGAUUUAACAUUGUCUUCAACAAGUGCCUGGCAGGCAGCAAGGGGCGCAUCCACCCUGAGGUGGACCCCUCAGUGGUGGCCAAACUGAGGAAGUUCUUCCACCCCUUCAAUCAGAAGUUUUAUCAGAUUACUGGGAGGACGUUCAACUGGCCCUGAGAAACUAAGGGAAGGCCUAGCCUAUAUAAACUUGUUAACUGAAGUUGUUCUGUUGGUAUUUUCAAGAUGUCAACCACAACAAUAUUAAAGGAUAUUAAAAGCACUUUGAUUGAAUUUAAUACGUAGAGGAGAGUGGGGUAAGUUGAGCCGAAGGGUUAGUUGAGCUACUCCUUGUUUCUAGGAAACCAUACACAAAAUGUACCAUGUGACCAAAUAUUUAGGAAUAGGUCAUCAUUUCAUGGAGUCUAUGAAAGAAGAAAACACAUGGAAAAAGUGGUAAGCAAGUUAGGUCAAAUUAAUGUAUUGUGUUAUAGUUUUCAUGAUGCUUCUAUCUAAACCAAAGUAGAUUGUUUUGUACAUCAGUUGGGGUCUCUAUAAGCUACAAUAUGAGGUCCUAAACCUAGCAUGAAAGUGCACCCUUGUAGCUGUGUGGGCUAAUAUAGUCAAAAUGUUUGCCUUGGGGUAAGUUGGGCCAAUGGCCACCAUACCCCAUGCAGAAGAUGAUUACAUUUAGUCAGUUUUAUGCAUAAAAUACAUAGUAUUUUUGCAAUGUGUCAUGCAUAUGAACUCAAUAUAAUGCAUUUAUAUUGUUAUAGAGCAGACAUAAUCAUUCCCCGUGUAUACAAAUGUAAAACAAGCAGGGAUCUAGCCCCCCUUGAGGUUCUUGAGAGCAGCCAAGGAAGUGAGAGAAGGGAAGAAGUCCAUUUGAGCAGCAGCAAGGGAUGAAACAAAUAGACUGAAUGACACUGAGGAGGUACAUUGACGAAAAGGAAAACGAACAUGUAGCUGUGUGAAACAGAGGCUAUUAUAGAGUAGCAGAGACACACAAGGUCUUCUCUGAUGAAUUGGAGUCUGAGCUUGCUAAACGUAUCCAGAAUCUCGCGGGCCAGCUUCAUGUCCCAGACAACUGGUCAAGAAAUUGAAGGGUAAGUGAUAUUUAACAGAGAAAUCUAUAUCUGAAUGUAGGCAUACAUUUAAGAUAUACAGUACAAUAUACCACACCCCCAUUCCAUGAAUUAAACUAUGACCAACUAGCACCAUCAUCCACUGUCACAGGACACCAUCACCGACUUACCCAAAGGCGGCUCAACUUACCUUUUCCCUAUGCUCAAUUUACCCCGGAGUAAUUUUUUUUAUUUUACAAACUAUGUUUUUAAAACUGUUAUGUUUACAUGAAUUCUGAUU